AAACAAGUGCUUGGAUACAGUGGAAAAGUUAUCAAAUUGUGAUAAAAAAUCUUUAAGAAUGUCUAACGAUCUAAAAAUGGAAGGCAAUAUUACAGAAUUUGCUAAAGAAAUGAAAAAGCUCAUCAACAAUAAAGAACACAGUGAUGUAAAGUUUAAAAUUGGACCAAACAGAAAAGCCUUUUAUGCUCACAGAUGUAUUUUAUCAGCAAGAUCAGCCAUAUUUAAAGCAUUGUUUGCUGAGCAGACCCCCAACAGAGAUGUAGAGAUUCCAUUACCUGACACAUCACCAGAAAUAUUUCAGGCCAUGUUAGAGUUUAUGUAUACAAACUGUGUCUCACUUACACCAAAAAUUGCUUUGGAUACAUUUGGUGUUUCAAUAGAAUAUGGAUUAGAUGAACUUAGAAAGCUUGCAGCAUUAUACCUAGUAGAAAAUCUUAGUGUGCACAAUGCUUGUGAAUGUCUACAAGUAGCUGUCACUUAUAGUAACAUGGAAUUAUUGGGAGCUACCCUCAGAUUCAUAGAGGAACAUACAGAGAGUGUUCUGAAGUCCAAGGCAUUCCAGGAACUUUCUGAUGAAUCAAUGAAUGAAAUUCUACAAAGUGAUAAUUUACAAAUGGAUGAGAUUGAAUUACUCAAAUAUGUCAAGGACUGGGCGACCAUAAACUCUACAGUAUUAGAAAAAUCAGUGAGUGAAGUAGCCAGAAAAGUAAUACCAAAGAUAAGAUUUACAUUGCUGUCUCCUGAAGAGUUAGAAAAGAUAGAAAAAGACAAUAAAAAAGACAAUCUUAUUCCUAUUGAUUGUUUUAACAAUUCAUGGCGUUUUCAUGCAACAAAGAAAGGUGACCCAUCAAAUCCUCUUAUGAAGAGAAGAAAGGGCACAGAGAACAGGGAACAUUUGAAGUACUUGGACCAGUAAAUGAAAUAUUUGUGAACUCUGUGAUAAUCAAAACUGUGUGCACAUAGAUAGCUAGACUGAACAAAAUUUUAAAUCAAUUUUUGAGAGCUAGCAGAUUGUUAAGGAAUAAUAGGGUUAUAAAAGUUCAGAAAUAAAUAAAUGCAUUGUGUGCUUUUAUAGAUUUGUUAGGCCUUUAAUGUUAUAAAAAUAUCUUCUUAAGCUCAUGAAUUUUUACUACCAGUUUUCAUAAAAAUCAGACAAUUUAUAUGAAGGCCAUUAAAGUAACUGAAUGUACCAAACUUUUUUAUUAAUUGAUCAAUGCAAAUGAUGAAAAUGAUUAUAAUUUGAGUUCAAACAAUAUUGUAAAAAGAACUGGAAAUUCAAAUAUCAUACAUGCAAUUAGAAGGAUUUAGAAACAAACAAAAAUUGCUUUUACAUAGUAUCCCAUACAAUACUUGGCAUGCAUAUAUCUGAUUAUUCCUCAAAUUCUAUUUUAAGGCAUUCUGACAAUACAAAGUCAUAGAAGUUCUAUUUUAAGGCAUUCUGACAAUACAAAGUCAUAGAAGUUCUAUUUUAAGGCAUUCUGACAAUACAAAGUCAUAGAAGUUCUAUUUUAAGGCAUUCUGACAAUACACAGUCAUAGAAGUUCUAUUAUAAAGUCAGGAUUUAAUUGUGCUCUUUGCAACAUUUUUGAGGACCACAGAAUAAACCAUGAAUAAUUGUGAAUUUUAUACAUUAGUUUGAAAAUUAAGGCAUUUGACAAUUUGGAAACUGAUUUGUUAUUCUGAAUUGUUUAUCCAUCAAAAACAUAUUCAACAUGUAUCUGAUCAUAGGCGGAUCUAGGGGGCCCUGGGGGGGCCCGGGCCCCCCUUUCGUGGGAAAAAUUUGGUUGAUUAUAUAGGGAAUCACUGAAGCAUGACUGGAGCAGGCCCCCUUAAGUCAGUCAGCGGGCCCCCCCUUAUGAAAAGUUCUGGAUCCGCCACUGCUGAUUAAGAACUCAGAAAAAAGAGAGUAGCAAUAGUGUAAAAGUAACACAUGAUGAUGUUUUAUAUUUUUGGGGUUUGCUUUACGUGGUCUAGCUCUCCCAGGAAAUUGUAUACAAAGAAGUAUUUAUAACCCUGAUAAGCAUUGUGUAUAAACAUAUUUCAGUUAGGCAUUGGGACAUUAGUUAUGCACUCAUUUUGUACUUUUUAACCAUUUUCCCACAAUUUUUCUGUGCAGUUUUUAUUAUAAAAGAGUAAAUGCAUAAUUAUAAUUGAAGUUUUUUUUUAACAAUAUUCUGCAAAGUAUCUUGGUAACUAGUUUUCCAUUAAUUCAACCCCAUAGUCAUUGUUGGAUAAAUUUUUAGAUAAGUUUCGAUGUAAACAUUUAUGUUAGUUUGAAAUUUAUUUAGCUUUAAUUAAAGCCUUUAGAUAUCAUUAAAUAGGUUUGUUUGUUAAUAAAUUAAAAUGGUAUUGUUACCUUUAUUUGUAACUUGUUUACCUUUAAUUUAAUUUUAUAAAUUAAGAUUUGCAAAUAGUUACUACACAUAAUAGUUCUACAAUUAUUAUAUUUUCUUUGUUGUAUAGUAUUUUAACAUGUUUAUAUUUCAUUUUAUAGUUUUAUAUAUAGUAUAUCUUAGCAAUUUUACAACUUAGGUGCUUUUGUGUGAAUCUUUUUGACUUGAAUGUAUCCACCUUUUUUGAAGUAGUUCCGUCCAUUUUUAUUAUGUGAUGUUUAUGUACGUUUUGCAUGGCGAGAUAUUUUUUGUGAUAAACAUUCCAAAAAUAUGUGAUGUAUCAUCAUAAUGUUCACAUAUUUUGAUAAUAUGCAUUCAAAAAUUCAGUUUCCUGAAGAAAUUGAUAAGAGCAACAUAAUUUUUCAUUGAACCUUAUCUAAUACUUUGAAUUAGACAAACUAGAUUAGACUUCAAAUUUUUAUGAAAAAACUAACAUCAGUUCAAACUUUGUUUUUCAUUGAGUAUUUUAAGACUAUACUAUUCGGCUUUUCAUUUCCGCUUUAGAUUUAUAGUAUUAUUACAUGUACGCAAUCUUACAUAUAAGACAAUAUGAGACAAUAUUUUCAAGGGGAAAUAACUCUGUUUUAAUGAUUGUUGAAAAUUUUUAUUUUUAAUAUUUUUUAACAGCAUGUACUUAAAGCAUGCUGAAAGUUGCUUAAGAACUAGUUCCAUAUGACCUCAUUUGAUUGUAAUAGAUAUGUUAAAAUAUAUGAAAUUUAUUUAUUAAAUAUAACACAAUU